GGGGGCUCCACCAACGCGAUUCACAGAGCCGAGGCGGUCUUUCCUAGAAUGAGGGCAACCCCGAAUGAUGAGUACAAGAAUAACAACAAGGUGGUACCUAACCUGACAAAUCCUUUAGGUUCUAGUAUUAGUUAGUGCUCCGCGCUGCCUGUUCAAAUUUUGAUUUCCCGAUUGAUUCUUGGUGAAUCUCCCAUUUGACUGCGGCCAUGAGAGCACCCUUGGCGAGACUCAUUUAUCGAUCACCGCUCACUGCAGACGUAGUACCGCUCAAGCCUUUUGUACCAAAACUUAUACUUCCAGUCGCUUGUCGACAGCAGUCUACUCGUGCAACAUUACCCGGCAGCGGAUCCAGAAACCGUCGUCUUCUCGGAACAACUACAGCCUCUCUUGGAGCGCUUGGAAUCGUCUACUACUACAGCGUGGGCACCAUGUCGUCAAAACUCAUUCCGGACAACCCGGCAGAGGUGAUGGUGAUUCGCAACAUCACUCCGAACAUCGUGACACUUUCCGUGCCGUUCAAAAGAUUUGGGCGUUUUGACAUUGGAGGCAGGGGGACCAUAGUCCGACUCACAUCUGGGUCACUCGCUGUGUUCUCUCCCGUGGCCCUGACGCCAGAUGUCAAAGCAAAAGUGGCCGAGAUGGGCGGUAAACUGGAGUACAUAGUAGCGACCGACAUUGAGCACCACAUAUUCGUCUCGGAUUGGAAGCAGGAGUACCCAGAUGCGCACAUCCUGGGCCCCGAAGGUUUGCCUGAAAAGCGCGCCAAGGUGCACGACGACGAGAGGAUCGGCAAGGAGGCGUUCCACACCGUCUUCACGACGGCGGACAAGGGCAAGCAGACGGUGACGCCCGAGUUCGACGCCGACUUUACGCACGAGUUUGUCGAUGCGCACCCUAACAAGGAGCUCGUGUUUCUGUACCGGCCCGACCGGGUGCUCAUCCAGGCAGACAUGCUCUUCAAUCUGCCGGCCGUUGAGCAGUACUCGCGGGUGCCUGAGGAGGCCAAGCCCAAGAACGGCCUGCUCAACAAGUUUUUUACCAGUAUGAACUCUACUGCCGGGGACGCCAUGGGCAUCAAGCGCUUCCUGUGGUACGCCAUAAGCUCCAAGGACCGCGACGGCUUCAACAAGAGCGUGCAGAGGAUCAAUGAGUGGGAUUUCGUGACGAUUGUGCCGUGUCACGGGGAGACGAUGGAGGGUAAUGGGAAGGAAAUAUUUGAGAAGGUUUUUGAGUGGCACUUGAAGGGCACUAAGAAGCCUUGAAGAGAGGGGGGG